CUGUGCAGAAUGUCAUCAGAUGAGAAAUAUUCACGUCCAGUUGUGCAAAAUGAAUCCAAUCAAGGCAGUUCUGUCUCUUCAGAUCUUCAGGAGGAGUAUGAAGAGCUGCUUCGCUAUGCGAUGGUGACUGAACCCAGUGCCGCCCUGUCAUCUCAUCCCAAGGGAGAAGUAGGGCCAGAGGCCAGAGGUCCUGGGGCAGGGGAUACUGUUCUUCACAAUCCAGGAAGUAACUCUGUCGUAAGAGAAACUGCAAUGGAAGUUGGAAAAGGAUGUGAUUUCAAUGUGUCAAGUCAUUCAAAGACAGAUGGCUCAUCACCGGUGCUGUCACCAAGGAGACCUUCUCACCCAGUCAUGGACUUUUUCAGUUCACAUCUUUUUGUUGACUCUUCCUCACCAGCAACUAAUUCUAGUCAUACAGAGACCCAUGAAAUUAUUGUGAAUGAUUUUCUUGUUUCUGAUGAAAACCUUCACAAGAUGGAAAAUGUACUUGAUCUUUGGAGUUCAGGUCUUAAGACAAACAUCAUAUCCGAACUAAGUAAAUGGAGACUUAAUUUUAUUGACUGGCACCGAAUGGAAAUGAAAAAAGAGAAAGAAAAACAUGCAGCACAUGUAAAACAACUGAACAGCCAGAUUGACGACUUGAAAGAGCUACAGAAAACCUUUGAAAUCUCCAUUGGGAGAAAAGAUGAGGUGAUUUCUAGCUUGUCCCAUGCCAUAGGCAAGCAAAAGGAAAAGACAGAGUUGAUGAGAAACUUCUUCCACUGGCGAAUUGGCCAUGUCAAAUCCAGACAGGACGUUUAUGAAGGCAAGCUAGCUGACCAGUACUUCCAGAGAAAGCUACUGAAGAAAGUCUGGAGAGGCUGGCGUGCCGUGGUACAGAAGCAGUGGAAGAAGGUGGUAGAGCAAGCUUGCCAGGCAAGGGCUGAGGAAGUUUGUGUUCAGAUUUCCAAUGAUUAUGAAGCCAAAGUUGCUAUGUUAUCUGGAGCUUUAGAAAACGCCAAAGCUGAAAUUCAAAGAAUGCAACAUGAAAAAGAACACUUUGAAGACUCCAUGAAAAAGGCUUUCAUGAGGGGUGUAUGUGCAUUAAACCUGGAAGCCAUGACUAUAUUUCAAAACAGAAAUGAUACAGGGGUAGACUUCACAAAUGGUAAGAAGGAAGAGUAUGGUCCUGGUGUACAAGGAAAAGAACAUUCUGCUCACUUAGAUCAAUUGGCUCCUUCGAUGCCGGUUCCGUCACCACUGCUGCCAUCCCCACCAGCUGUGGCGGGCGGAGUCCCCUCUGCCGCCUCUAUGACAUCUGCCGGGGCUGCUUCUGCAUCUUCUAGCCACGUUCCUGUUUCCGUUCUGGGUGCAGGAUCUGGAGCCACUGCUACCUCGGAAGAAAUGUAUGUGCCAAGAGUUGUGACUUCUGCACAGCAGAAAGCUGGAAGAACAAUUACAGCCCGGAUCACAGGGAGAUGUGAUUUUGCUUCAAAAAACAGAGUCAGUAGCAGUUUAGCUGUGAUGGGAGUUUCUCCUCCCAUGAGCUCGGUUGUUGUGGAAAAACAUCAUCCAGUCACAGUGCAAACCAUUUCUCAAGCAACUGCAGCAAAAUAUCCCCGGACCAUUCAUCCUGAAAGCGGUGCCUCAGCUUCCAGAUUACUCGGAACCAGAUCUGCUCACACCCAGUCUCUCACUAGUGUCCAUUCCAUAAAAGUGGUUGACUGACGUGAAUGUGUUCAUAGUGAGGUCUUGCGGUUCCUCUGGUUUUACCAAGGACUCAAAGUCUGUAGUUUUUAACUCUUCUAUAUUCUUAGAACAUCAUGGAUUCAUCAUGUUCACCUGUUCAGAAUUACAAGAGACUUUUUCAAGCUCUACCAUCCUUUGUAAUUAUAUGUAGAAAUUAUUUUAAUGUUAUAUUUUAUUUAAACAAUUAAGUAAAACUUUUUUAAAUU